GAGUGGAUAACCGAGAGGGUCGCUCAAUUUGGCACGUAGUCUUGCGUGUCCUGUGACAACAAUUCUGUGACACCACGCUGCUCCAAUCCAAUGUCUUCAUCCUCUCAAAAGGCGCAAAUCCAAGAGAUAAUUGAUACUACCCAAGGAUCUGAUCCCGAGGAUAAAUGUUCCACCCCGGAACCCGAGGCUGAUCAUGAACAGGAUGGUGCUAUUACACCUCAGGCUUCAUCAUCCAAGCCAAAGAAGAAGAAAAAAUCCAAGGCUGCAAAGGUUCUAAACGCAAUGCGUGGCAAAAACGAAAUACCUCAAGAGCUCAUCAGUCAUGUCGUGGAUCGUGUCGCUGCUGAGCACGGGCCGAAUACCCCAGCUGCCAAUGAAGAUAAUAUUAGGCAAGCAUUGGAGCAGAUGAAGAUCAUGGAUGUCAUCAAAGGCAAAUCGGGCAUCGCUGGGCGAGGGAAGAAAGCUAUGGGAGAACAUAAGUUUUGGGCCACUCAGCCAGUCCCACAGCUUGGUGAUGAGGUUUCACCCGAUGAUGGUUUCAUCGAACCCAACAAAUCUCGAGAAGAAGUGCGGCAAGACCCAUACCCUCUGCCGAAAGAUUUCGAAUGGGCCAUAUUAGACAUCAAUGACUCUAAGCAAAUCAAAGAAGUUUACGAUUUAUUAUCUCUCAAUUACGUCGAAGACGACGAGGCCGCAUUCCGUUUCCAGUACAGUGCCGAGUUUCUAGAAUGGGCUCUCAAACCCCCGGGCUACCUCAAAGACUGGCAUAUUGGUGUGCGUGUGUCUUCGAACAAGAAACUAGUAGCUUUUAUCUCUGGCGUGCCAGUCACGUUACGCGUGCGCGGAAAUGUUGUUCGAGCGUGCGAGAUUAAUUAUCUGUGUGUGCACAAGAAGCUACGCUCGAAACGCCUGGCCCCUGUGCUCAUCAAGGAGGUCACACGACAAGUGAAUUUGACGGGUGUCUUCCAGGCCAUCUAUACCGCUGGUGUCGUUCUUCCAACACCUGUGUCCACUUGCCGCUACUUCCACCGCUCACUGAAUAUCCCGAAACUUGUCGACAUCAAAUUUACAUACGUUCCCAGGAGCAUGACACUUGCUCGAAUGAUUCGUGUCUAUAAGAUGGUGGCUAAGCCUCAACUAAGCGGCCUUCGUGAAAUGGAGGAGAGAGAUGUAUCAGAUGUUGCUGAUCUCUUCACGCGCUACAUGCAGAGGUUCAGCAUGGGGCCAAUCAUGACACUUGAUGAGGUCCGCCAUCAGUUCUUGAGCGGGAGAGGCCGUAUGGACGAACCGUCAGAACAUUAUCGGAGGCCAGGCCAGGUGGUGUGGACGUAUGUUGUUGAGGAGGCACACACCGGCCGAAUUACCGACUUCUUUUCGUUUUAUUCUCUUCCUUCGACAAUUAUAAAUCAUCCGAAAUAUGGACUCUUGGAGGCUGCCUACCUGUUUUAUUAUGCAUCUGACGCGGCGUUUGCUGCAGACUCAGAAGCAGACAGCAUCCUCAAGAAACGAUUAGAGGCUCUUGUGGGAGAUGCACUAAUCAUCGCGAACCAGGCCAAAUUUGACGUCUUCAAUGCCCUUACACUCAUGGACAACUGUAGCUUUUUGGAGAGUUUAAAGUUCGGUGCCGGGGACGGUCUCCUUAAUUUUUACUUGUACAACUGGAGAACAGCGCCUCUAGCAGGUGUUUCAGCCGUUGAUGGCGUAGAACCAGGAAAGGGCGUCGGGAUUGUCAUGUUGUAACAUCAUUGUAACAUUGACCCAGGCCGACAAUCUGCUCACUUUGUGAAUUGCAUGUCUAUCAUUCAAGUAUCUACGUACAACAUCUU